GCCGUCAGACGCCACGACGUCACUUCCGCGGGCGGGCGGCGCCAUGGCGAUCUUCAGCGUGUACGUGGUGAACAAGGCGGGCGGCCUCAUCUACCAGCUGGAUCACUACGCGCCGCGCAGCGACACCGAGAAGACGUUCAGCUUCCCGCUGGACCUGGUCCUGCGCCCGCGCGACGAACGCGUCGUUGUGGCCUUCGGGCAGCGCGACGGCAUCCGCGUCGGCCACGCCGUGCUCGCCAUCAACGGCGCCGAGGUCAACGGGCGUCUGACGGCCGACGGCAAGGAUGUGCUGGAGUUCCUGAGCAACCCCGCCAACUACCCCGUGUCCAUCCGCUUCGGCCGCCACCGCCUCUCCUCCAACGAGAAGCUGAUGUUGGCCUCCAUGUUCCACUCGCUGUUUGCUAUCGGCUCGCAGCUCUCCCCGGAGGUGGGCAGCUCGGGCAUCGAGAUGCUGGAGACCGACACCUUCAAGCUGCACUGCUUCCAGACGCUGACAGGGAUUAAAUUUGUGGUGCUCGCUGACCCCAGGCAGGCAGGGAUAGAUGCCCUGCUCCGCAAGAUCUAUGAGAUUUACUCUGACUUUGCUCUGAAGAAUCCUUUCUACUCACUGGAGAUGCCCAUCAGAUGUGAAUUGUUUGAUCAGAACUUGAAGCUUGCUUUGGAGGUGGCUGAGAAAGCUGGACCAUUUGGACCUGGAUCAUAAAAAAUGAAUUGCCUGUUGCGUGGACUCCUCUCCAUGAAGAACAGGGCCUUUUUCUUCCCUGGCAGCUGUGGCCCAGAGCUCUCUUCACCACAGCAGAGACUUCACAAUCUGAAAACAUGCUUCCUAUCUCCUAGGAUACCGUGUUCUGCUCCUCUCAUGUAAAAUUGACCUUAAACAGAUUUAUUACUGCUCUUUACUUCUGGGCCACAGAAGCUUUUUCUGGUUUUGCAGCUCCUAGACCUUGUGAGUGAACAGUGGAAGACACAGCGUAGCUCUACUGCAAUUGUUUCCUUUCACAGCUGUAUAUAUGAUUUGUUUCUGUAUAGCUCUAAUUUAUAAUUUUACAAAGGGUUUCUAUAUAGAAAUAAUAAACAUUCCUUAGAGAGGUGGAUGGCCU